AUGAUCCUAAAAUAUUUUACGUCAGAUCCGAUUUGUGAAUUGCAUGUUGCAUAUGAAGAGCAAGAUAAAGAUGAAUAUGUCAAAGAAGGUUGUCCGAAAUGUAUCUUUUUUCGCGUUGAAGGAUUCCACAGUGCUCAUAUUUAUUUAAAGUUAAGACUUGACCUAUUUACUUUUCAAACAAUUCCACGAAAGGUUUUGGAAGAAUGUACCCAAUUAACUUUAUCAACUUGUCGUUUCAAUCGUGAAAAGAAAUUAAAUGUUUUAUAUACGCCAUGGGAAAAUCUUGUACAUUUGCCAGAAAUGGGAUCUGGACAUAUUGCAUUUAGAAAUUCAGCGGGAGUCAGAAGCAUAUAUGACAUUGAGUUCAGUGAAGAAAUACUGAAUCGUAUUCGAAGCUCAGAUUCUUUCGUCGAUCUAAAAGCAAAAAAAACACAACAUUCAAGGGAUUAUGCAAGCAGACAGUAUGAAGCGAGUUUGGAUAUAGUCUCGAGAAUGACCGAAGGACAAAAGCAAACAGCUAGGGAUAUUAUACAUAAAAUGCUUACUCAAGAUACAAGAGAAGACAGAGAAGAAAAAUAA